AUGAAAAUUCCACCACGUGUUUGUUCCUUUCUUUGGCGUCUUGCUCGUCAAUGCCUUCCUACCCGUGUUAAUCUCACCACCAGGGGUAUACCAUGCGAUGAUACGUGUGUGAUGUGUGAAUCAUUGGCAGAAUCACAUAUGCAUCUAUUCUUUGUGUGCACUAAAGCUAUGGACUGUUGGGAUCGUAUUAAUUUGGGAAACCAUAUUCGCGAGCUGCUGCACCGGGCUAAUGAUUUUACUAUUAUGUUGUUUGAUUUUCUUGACAGGUUACCCUCAUAUCAACAACACGCAGCCGCAAUGUUACUUUGGAGUUUGUGGAAGAGUCGUAACAUAAAGUUGUGGGAUUCUUUAGACACUACUACUGCUUCGACUGUUUCUAGAGCGAAGGAUACGCUUCACGAAUGGAGAUGUAUGCAACGAGCUAGACCUCAACCUCAAAAUCAGGACCACAUAACCUCUUGGAAGAAACCUCCAGAAGGUGUCCUAAAGUGUAACAUCGAUGCCGCAACUUUCAGCCAUAACACUGUAACAGGUUUUGGAAUGUGCUUUCGAAACUUUAAGGGCCAAUUGUUAAUGGGGAAAUCAGCUCUUCUGCAAUCAUUUGGUUCUGUCCUAGAAGCUGAAGCUGUUGCUAUGCUUGACGCAUUACUCACGGCAAUUGCAGCUGGCUACCAUGAUGUCAUGUUUGAAACAGACAAUAAGAUUCUCGCUGAUGCCAUCAACUCUUCUUUUGUUUAA